AUGUCUGCUCGAACAGACGAACCAAACUUGUCUCGGAGUGUUGUAAGCGGUCCUUGGUGUCUAAUAGAGUCAGACCCUGGUGAUUAUGAUGGAUACAAAGUAUUGUCUACUAUCGACUUUGGUGUAUUUACCGAACUGCUCAGAGGACUUGGUGUCCGAGGCGCACAGGUAGAAGAAGUGUGGUGGUCGAUUGAAGAAACUUCAGAAUGGGAAAAGUUUGGAGAUGUGUAUGGUCUAAUAUUCUUAUUCAAGAUGAAAAAAGAUCUCCGGCUGAACAUUGAUAUCGACGACGAUGAAGACUGGAAAGAGGUUAUUGAAAACGCAUGUGCCACACUAGCAUUAUUAAAUAUUGUACUUAAUAGAGAAGAGUUGGAUCUGAGCGAGGAAUUGCAACAAUUCAAAGAAUUCACCAGUGAUUUUGCAUCGCCGUUGCGUGGGUUGGCUAUUACCAAUCAUGCACCAUUCAGAGACGUACAUAACUCGUUUGCACGGUUUGAUGCAAUAUACCCAUUAUUCGCCAAGGAAACAGCAAAGGCAAAGAAGAAGAAAAUGUCGCAGGAACCGGAAGAAGCUUAUCAUUAUGUUGGUUUUGUCCCAGUAAAUGGCUAUGUCUGGGAAAUAGAUGGAUUGGCGCGCGCGCCUAUAAAGCUCGGCGAAUGUACACUCGAUAAUUGGCUCGAAGUUGCUCGAGCGUCGGUGGAGGAAAAGAUGCAAGAAUUCGCCGAAGAAAACGCACAAUUUAAUUUAAUGGCUGUUGUAAAAGAUCAAGUACUUGAACACGAAGAGAAGAUGAAGGCUCAGAUAUUUUUAAAGGGUGUUGUUGAAAAGCAACUUGAUGAGCUAGACAAAGAAUGGGCCAAGUCCGAUAAUAGUCAACACAUUGACUUUAUAUCAUUGAGCGAAGAGGAAUUAAGAGAAACUGGAGUAAGGACACAAGUUACAGAAGAAGUAAAAAAGAUAAUGAACUUGAAAACCAUAUCUGAGUUUCUUAGCUUACGUUCAUCGAUAAUCUCGAGGAUCGAACAAGAAAAGUCGGCAGUGGUAAACGAACGAGAGAAGCAGGAACAAUACCGGCUCGAUAAUGUAAGAAGACGUCAUAACUACAUACCCUUCAUCAAAGAAUUCGUAACGAUUCUCCAUGAACGAGGUGAACUCGAAGACUUGGUAAUAGAUUCUAUGGGUCCUGAAAUUAUCAAAUUCCUUGACGACGUUGACGGACUCACGGAAGAUAGCAGCGCAGAGACAAUGGAUACUGAUAAAGUGGACAAUAUAGCAGAAGAUGACGAGGAGGUAAUAAUGAUAGAAAAGAUUGCGAACGAGACGUAA